GGCUGCCGGCCUCUGCGGCGCUCCGGAGGUGGGAGGGAGUGCGGCCUAGUUGUCGGAGCUACUGAUACACCGAGGACCCGCCGACGGGCAUCGCUAAUACCAAGCCCCAGAGCAGGGACCGGUCCCAUGGGGAAGAGUGACCGCAGGCUCCGGGCAGAGCGAGCGAGAGGGAGGGACUGGUACUGGGCGGUUUGAGCCUGGGGAGGACUGACUCUGCUUGGAGAGGCAGCCCGUCGAUAGCUGUCUUGGUGCCGAGAGCGAUCGGUGACAAGCGAUCCGGGGAUAGAGGGCUCUGGCCACUGGUUGAGGUGGGGCAGAAGGGGUAGUUUAAGGACUGUCCGGGGAGAGAAGAAGGAUGUCUGAGCCCCGGGAGGGGUUUUGGUGCUGAGACUGACCCACAGAGAGUGAAGGCUUCAGGCCACCGGGAGAGAGAGAGAGAGAGUGAGGCAGGUUGAUUUAUUUUCCCUUGGGGAGUGGACGGGGAGUCUUGGCUCUGGGGAAAGAAGCAAAGGGGGACCCUAGGAGAGGAGGAGAAGACCGAGACCCAGGCAGUGAGCCUAAUUGGAGGAGUUGAAAGAAGAACGUUGAAUUGUGUUUGAGUGAGGUUAACCCCAGGAGGUGUAGAGAGAAAAAACAAAAGUGAUCAGCAGAUGGGUUGGGAUCAGAGGGGCAGCAAUGAUCAGAGCAAGGGUUAGACUUCAGAAGCUGGGAGGCAUCACGUUUUAGUUCCUCGCUGCCACCCUGCUCCUCCUGCCGCUAUCGUUUCUGCAGUCUUGGAACUGGCUGAGGACGGAAUGUGUGAGAGUAACAGAGGUCCUGACCUCCCACUCUGGGCUCUGGUUGACAAGAGAGACCUUUAUCCCUUCCUUGGCAGUGUUAAAUCAUUUCCAGAUUCCAGGAGCCCCGACAGCUCUUCCGUGAAUUCCCCGCAACAUCGCCGGUCUAUCAACAGCUCGCCACCCCUGCAUUCUUCUGUUAUUGGGUCGGGGAUCUCGUCGUCAGUCAGCUCACCAGCCAGCAGCAUUGGCUCCCCCUUCUCAGUCAUCAGCUCUUCCAUAGGCUCACCCACGGUGGCGUCAACCCAUUCUCUGGGAUAUAGCUCUAUCAGCAGUCCUCAUGUCAACUCCACUGUGAGCAUGUCAGGGAUGCAUGGCGUCAGCAGUUCCGAUGAGGCACAGUUGUCACGGGGGGUGUACCCAGCUGGCUCCACCACCUCAUCCUUGAGACGUGUCUGUUCCAUUUGUGGAGACAGGUCUUCAGGCAAACACUACGGCGUGUACAGCUGCGAGGGCUGCAAGGGCUUCUUCAAGCGCACUGUUCGCAAGGACCUCACCUACACCUGCCGUGACAGCAAGGACUGCACGGUGGACAAGCGGCAGCGCAACCGGUGCCAGUACUGCCGCUACCAGAAGUGCCUGGCCACGGGCAUGAAGCGUGAAGCCGUCCAGGAGGAGAGGCAGCGGAGCAGGGAGAGGGGUGAGGAGGCGGAAUCCACUAGUGGAGCCAAUGAUGAGAUGCCGGUGGAGAAGAUCCUGGAAGCGGAGUUGGCCGUGGAGCAGAAGCCAGACCUGCAGGCGGAUGGAUCGGCGAGUGACAUGACUUCGAUCGAUGUGAUUUCUCGAGUACUCGCUGAGGCCGAGCCCCAACCAACAGUCAUUCGCCGUGUGAUAACAGCUACAAAACCCAACGACCCCGUGACAAACAUCUGCCAGGCUGCAGACAAGCAGCUCUUUACGCUGGUGGAAUGGGCAAAACGCAUCCCUCAUUUCUCUGACCUUCCACUGGACGAUCAGGUCAUCCUCCUGAGAGCAGGUUGGAAUGAGCUCUUGAUCGCCUCAUUCUCCCACCGAUCAAUAACUGUGAAGGACGGGAUCCUUCUCGCCACCGGUCUCCACGUUCACCGCAACAGUGCGCACAGUGCUGGGGUGGGAGCCAUCUUUGACAGGGUGCUCACUGAGCUGGUCUCCAAGAUGAGAGAUAUGCAGAUGGACAAGUCAGAGCUCGGUUGCCUCCGCGCCAUCAUCCUCUUCAACCCUGAUGCGAAGGGGCUAUCCAAUCCGGCGGAUGUGGAGAUCCUCCGGGAGAAGGUUUACGCUUCGCUCGAGUCGUACUGCAGGCAGAAGUACCCAGACCAGCUGGGCAGGUUUGCCAAGCUGCUCCUGCGUCUGCCCGCAUUGCGAUCCAUUGGGCUCAAGUGCCUGGAGCACCUCUUCUUCUUUAAGCUGAUCGGGGACACCCCUAUCGACACCUUUCUCAUGGAGAUGUUGGAGGCUCCCCACCAGUUGUCGUGAGGAGGUGCCAUGGCUGGGGGCACAAGUGAGGGGGAUUCUUGGCAGCACGGUGAACAGGGCAGAGGUGCCAAGAGACAGCCUCCAAUACCAUUGACUCUGGUCAUACCUCUGACAUCAGCAGCCAUUCGUGUACGAACAACUGCAGCCUCACAUCACUCAGCCUCGCACUCUGUAGUUGCCCCGGCAACCGGUGACCACGGCGACAGUGAGGAUGUUGCAGAGGAGGGAGUGCUGUUUCAGACACUCCACUGGGAGGGGCGGGGUGUGGAGACAACUCCUCAGGAUCAGCAAGAGAGCUGCGGUCGGGGGCUGUCUCUAUAUUCGGGUGUCCUUGUUGGGUGUGCUCUGUCCUGCAGAAGUCCUAGUUUCCAGGCAAUUCCCGGCACAUCACUAGAACAUUGGCCCUCUGGUUUAACACGGACUAGAAACUCUGCUUAUCUCGCUGCCUGGAACCUCCCCAGCUGGAUGUUCCAGCUGAGACGCUGAUGGAUUACAGUGCAGGCUCAUUCUGCCCUGUCCCCUUGAGUUAGAGCUAGCUCUACUGUGUAUAGAAUGUGUACUGCACCUGCUCAGGGUACAUGUGACUGGACAAUGUAGAGGAAGCUUUGACUUCUGCUGUCCCAGACCUGGCGGUUUUUAAUGGGACUGUGUAGAGCAGGGUUUCCCAAACAUUUUUUAUGACAUGGGCCCGUGCCAUUAACUGAGGGCUCCGUGGACCCCAGGUUGGGAACCCCCAGUGUAGAGAGAUUUUACUUUGUAUUUAAGCAGAUUUGUCCCUUCCCUUGAAAGGUGACAGGACAUUGUAGAGGGAGUUGUACCCUGUAUUGAACCUGAGUUGUACCUGUCCUGGGCAUGUGUGAAAUGACAGUGUGGAGGGAGCUUCACUCUGUGUCUGACCCAGGGAAUGUGUGAUGGGAUAGUGCAGAGGGAGCUUCACUGUGUGUCUGACCCAGCGAAUGUGUGAUGGGACAGUGCAGAGGGAGCUUCACUGUGUGCCUGACCCAGGGAAUGUGUGAUGGUACAGUGCAGAGGGAGCUUCACUGUGUAUCUGACCCUGGGAAUGUGUGAUGGGACAGUGCAGAGGGAGCUUCACUCUGUCUCUGACCCUGGGAAUGUGUGAUGGGACAGUGCAGAGGGAGCUUCACUGUGUGGCUGGUCCUGGGAAUGUGUAAUGGGACAGUGCAGAGGGAGCUUCACUCUGUCUCUGACCCUGGGAAUGUGUGAUGGGACAGUGCAGAGGGAGCUUCACUGUGUGGCUGGUCCUGGGAAUGUGUGAUGGGACAGUGCAGAGGGAGCUUCACUCUGUCUCUGACCCUGGGAAUGCGUGAUGGGACAGUGCAGAGGGAGCUUCACUGUGUGGCUGGUCCUGGGAAUGUAUGGUGGGAGAGUUAAGAGGAAGUUUCACUUUGUCUGUUCUGAGCUGUACCUCCCUAAUCCACAGUAUGUGCAGCCACUGGUGCUGGACCGCAGUGUCCUAAAUUAAACUAAAUAGUGGCCAACACUAAUGUUCUGUGUGAUGUCAGUGACAUGAAUCCAAUUUGGAGAGUGUCUGCUCUCAGAAGUGAGGGAAAGCUCUGGCCCUCACUACAUUAGGAACAAGUGGGAGUUGGCAUGCUUUUGCUUCAGAGCCUCUUCCAUUGAAUAGUUGUAUCAGCUUUUUGCCAGUUUAAGGAUGGCUAUGACUGGCAAUGCCACACAUUUGAUGAAAUAAUCUCAGCAUUGUGAUGCAUUGACUUUAUUUUGCUACAGUGCCCAUACAUAAAUCUCUUUGGUUCAACCAAUCCAAUGCACAGGUCUGUGUGGUGUGUUUCUGCCCUUCAGGCUGGGAGAAGGGUGUGGGUGGUGGGAACAUGAUCUGCUGGCUUUCACAACUGUCUGGUGCUGGUCGUCUGUUGUUUUUGUCAUUGAAGGGUAGGUACCUGGGAGUAGAGUACUCCAGAUAGUCAGUGUCAGUACCGUUUGCUGUCAGCAUGGUGAAUGGCCCAGGGUGAUGGUCAAGUCAUGGCGAGUUUAUGGUAAUGGUCACAAGUAGAGAUGAGAUCCAGGUACAGUGGAAAAAGCUAGAAGCAGCAUCACUGACGCGGAGAUAUAGAUAAUGCAGAGAGUAUAAAUUUUUACAAGACAGUGAGAGAAGUAAAAAUACUUGAAAUAAAAAAGGCACGAACAUCCAUGGUAGUGCAAAGGCUAGUCAGUAAUGUUCUGUUGCUGAACUAGUGAUUAGGAUUAUGCAAGUCGGUUCAAGGACCUGAUGGUUGAAGGGAAUUAGCUGUUCCUGAACCUGAUGGUGUGGGGCUUCCAGCUUCUGUCCAUUCUGCUAGACAGUAGCAGUGAGAAGAGGGCAUGAUCUGGAUGGUGGGAGUCUUAGAUGCCGUCCUCUUGAGGCACUUCCUUCUGUAGGUGUUGUCUGUGGUGGCAAGGGCUCUGCCCAUGACGGAUUGGGCUGUCUCCACUACUCUCUGCAGCCUCUUGUAUUUCAGUGUAUUGGAACUGCUGUACCAGCCCAUGAUGCUACCAGACAAGAUAUUUUCAACAGUGCAUGUGUCAUGUUGAAUUUCUUUAAGCUUCUCAGAAAGCACAAGCACUGGUGUACUUUUCUCUGCUACUCCCCUUCAGCCAUUCAGUUCUUGAACUAAUCUGCGCAACCCAAAUCACUACCUCAGUAUACCAACACUGUGACCGUUUUGAUCACUUCACACUACAGUGGACCUUUUCUUUCUAAAUCUAUUCUUGUAAAGAUUUUGUAUAAUUUGUUCAUUUUAUGUUUUAUGAAUAUUGUGUCUCUAAUGCUAUGUGAUGUUUGCUGCGAGUAAGUUUUUUCUCUUGCACUUGUGCAAACAUAAAUUAAUGCAGAUGGCACUAAACUCUGUCAUCUCUGACAUUAGAGAUUCUACAGUUGCUGGAAAACCAGAGCAGCACACCCAAAUGAUGGAAGAACCGAAAAGAUCAGUCAGCAUCUGUGGAAGAGUUUCUGGCUGGGACCAUUCAUCAAGACAUCAUUGAUUGCAUCUAUGUGCUGGGUUCAGGGCAGUGCACCUGGUUGAUGGAGAACAUGUAUGUGGUUUGAGAGUCUUCUAGAGAUGUCUUGCUGCCUCUCACAGGGUGGACGAGAAUGUUUAAGGUGGGGGGGGGGGGGAAGAACACUCAUCAAGUACGCCACUCUGGACCAAGCUCCCUGUAGAUGGGGUAAUACUAGGAAGGGUGCAAGUAUGUAGCUUACCCUGCUUGCUUGGUGUAAAGUGCACACAUUGCUUCCUGGAAGCCAUCAGUUACCCUAGUUAGAAUUACUAUCAGUGUUUCUGUGUUGAAUGUGGAUCUUCAGGCUCCUGUGCCUCCUCCCUGAUGGCAGUAACAGGAAGGGAGCAUGUCCUGGAUGGUUAGGCUCCUUAGAAAUGGAAGCUGCCUUCUUGAGGCACCACCUCAUGAAGAUGGUCUUAAUGUUGAGGAGAGUUGGAUGGUUUCAGGGCCUGCAGCCAAAGCAGAGCAGAGACCUGGCAAUCCAGGGUCAAUCUCUUUUCCCAGCGGAUCAGUGUAUGGCCAGGAGCAUUUGUGGUGAGGCCACAUUCAGAAUAUUGUGUUCAGUUUGAGCCACCCUGCUUCAGCAAAAAUGCCAUUAAUCUGGAAAAUGCAGAAAAGAUUUGAGGAUGUUGCUGGCUCUCGAGGGUAUGUAUUAUAGGGAGAAAUUGGACAUUCUAGGAGUGUAGGAGACCGGUGAGGUUGUAGAGGUGUCUAAAAUCAUGAGAGGCAUAAAUCUGGUGAAUGCACAUAGUCUCUCUUCCCCCCUCCCCGGGAAGGGGAAUCAGAAACUCGAUGGUAUCGGUUUAAAGUGGGGAGAGAGAGAUUUAAAAGGCUCCUGAGUGGCAGCUGCUUUACGCAGAGAGUGGUGGGUACAUGGAAGGAGAGAGUGGUAGAAGGAAGUACAAUAAUAUUUAUAUGUGGAUAGUAGAGAGCUGAACAUUGGCAACAGACACAUUGAAGGGAUCGUAAGAAAUUCACAACAGAUGGACUCCAUUCAGCCCAUCCUGUGCUGCCUCCCAGCAUUGGUACUCUGCAGACCUCAGUUCCUCCUGUGGAUAGCCAGAGAUGUACUAAGGGGACCUUUGCGAUCAGGUCUGAUGGCCCCCUCCUGCUCUUAGAAUUGAACUGAAUUGAUUUUAUUUCUUACAUCCUUCACAUAGGUGAGGAGUAAAAAUCUUUACAUCUGUCUAAAUGUGCAAUCAUAGUAAUUUAUAA